AUGGGUGGGGGAAGUGUGGGAAUGGGAGGUAAGAAAGAUGGAUGGAGAUGGAAGCCGACAAAAGAUGGAGUUUUUUCAAUCAAAUCGGCGUACGAAACUAUUGAAACGACGAAAGGGGAGCCUGAUGCGGGUAACAGUGAAGCGUUGGCUAAAGUUUGGGAAGCGCCGACUCCACAUAAUGCAAGGGUGACUGCAUGGAGAAGCUUGAGAAACAGGUUGGCGACGUGCGACAAUCUGGUGAAAAGGAAUGUUCCGAUUGAAAUUGAAGAAAGAUGGUGCAAUGCUUGUGUGGGUUAUGAGGAGACAGUUGAGCAUUUUCUUCUACAUUGCCCGAAAGUUGAGCUCGUGUGGGAUCAAAUUCAGCAGUGGUUAAAUAUCAAAACGGUUAGACCUCGUGGCUUGCUCGAUCACUUCAUGUCCUUUAUUUACGGUGGCAGAGGGAAGAAGAACAGGAAAUUCCUUCAAGCGCUUUGGGUGGGGACUAUUUGGAGUGUGUGGAAAGGGAGGAAUGACAGCAGGUUUGAUGGAAAGGUUUGGGAUGCUCAUAAACUUGUGUUAGAAAUUAAGGGUAGAAUGUGGAGUUGGAAUAAGACUUUCCAAAUUGUGGAGUCGAGUGUUCCCUUCUCAAUGUGGUGCUCUCGUGAGUACACGCUACCUUUCUUGUACUAA